AUGAGAAUAGUAGCGGAGGGCGUCGAGGCUCUCGCCGCGGCGUGCGCCGGUGGGCACCUAGAAAAGGUGGAGGAGCUCAUAGCCGCCGGCGUCGACUUGAACGCGGAGGACUCGAUAUUCGGAACCCCGCUGGUGGCCGCCGCGAGGGGCGGGCACACCGAGGUUGUCGCCGCGCUUCUCCGCAAGGAGGAGGUGCUGCUCGACCAGCACUCGCAGAGGGACACCCCGCUCACCGCGGCGGUGAACGGCGGUCACAUGGAGUGCGCGCGGAUGCUGCUGGAGCGCGGUUCGGCGGCCGACAAGGCGCUCGCGCGCAUCCCGCAGCUACCGGACGACGGGAAGUGCGCGCACGGCCACAGGAUGCCGAGCGACGACCCCCUCACCCUGGCGUGCAAACGGGGCGACGUCGAACUCGUCAGGCUCCUGCUGCGGCACGGCUCGGACGCCACGGGCGGCGGGGAGGGCACGUGCGAUACGCCGCUGACCGCCGCCGCCGCGAACGGCCACGCGCACUGCCUGAGGGAGGUGAUGGCCGCGGGCGCCGACGUGGACGCGGUGGCCAGAUGGGCCGGUCGAACCGCGCUCGUCGCCGCGGCGGAAUCCGACUCCCAGUCCGCGCUCGAGUGCUGCGAGAUCUUGCUCGAAGGCGGCGCGGACCCAAACUUCGUCUCAUCCGGCGUCGUCGGGCGAAGGCUCGGGUACGGCGCGGUGCACGCCGCCGCCGCGCGCAUGGACGCCGCCAUGGUCAAGAUGCUCAUCGCGCGAGGCGCAGAUCCGAACCGCCGAGCGAAAAACACCGACACGAAGGAGGUGAAGAGCCGACGAGCCGCGGCGGCGCAGGCGCUCUGGGGACCGGACAUCGCCGGACAGAGGCUGGACAACACGCCGCUGCACCUCGCCGUCGCCGCGUACAUCAACGAGGCGGCGAAGCGACGGGUUGCGGAGAAUGCCAAAAAACGCGCAGAGGGCGGCGACUCGGACGAAGGCGACGACGCCGCCGAGGACGACUCGGCUCUCGACGAAAACGAACGAUUCGACACCCCCGCGGAGCGUAGGCGUCGGCGCAACCUGCACGCGCGGGCGAUGGACCAGGGCGAGCCGGGCCCCGGGGAGAUGGCCGCGAUGAGGGUGAUUGAGGCUCUGCUGGACUGCGGCGCGGAUCACGGCGCCUUUGUCGUGGACUCGACUCCGAUGCACAUGGCGGCGCUCGGCGGCGCCCUCGACGUCGUCGACCUCCUCGUCAAGCACGGCGCCGACGUCAACGCCUGCGCGCCGAACGGGUGCACCACGCCCAUCGAAGCCGCGGCGAGGUACGCCGCCGACAUCGUCGUGGAUUUCGGCGAGGAGCGCGACGAACUCUCGAAACCCGUCGCCGGCAAGUCGGGCGCCGGCUCGAACAAACGAAACAAAACAGACUCGAGCAGGCACUCGCCGGGGUCCGACGAUUCCGCCGAGACGACCGAACCGACGACGAAACGCCGGGCGCGAUCCGACGUGGCGUCCGACGACGAGGAGGUCUUCUCCGACGACGACGAGCUUCGCACGUUUGUGGACGACGCGGCGGCGAUGGAGGCGCUCCGUGACGCCGCGGGUCCGCUCAGGGCGGUGAAACACCUCGCGGGUAAGGGCGCGAACGUGACGCCGGCCGUCAUGGUGGGCGCGUGCAGGGUGGGCGACGAGGACUGCGUCGCGACGCUCCUCGGACACGUCCCGGGAGGCCACGACCCCAACGUCGAAGCCGCCGAGGGAUUGAAGCCAUUCGGGGGAAUCACCGAUACACUUCUCCUCUGGAAAGAAUUGGUAUCGGCGCACGCGAGGAACACCACCCCGCUGCACGCGGCGGCGGAGAGCGGUAACGUCGCCAUCGCGCGCAUGCUCAUCGAGCGAGGCGCGCAGGUGGACACGCGCCGCUCCGAGGACGACGCCACGCCCCUCUUCCUCGCCGCGCGAUGCGGCAGGCCGGGCAUGAUCUCGUACCUCUUCUCCAAGGGCGCCGACAUAGAGGCCCUCGGCCGCACCUCCGACCGGCGCGAGGGCCACGACACCAACGUGACCCCGCUCGUCGAGGCGGUCAUGAGCGACCACGCCGCCGCCGCCGCGAGGCUCAUCGCGCUCGGCGCGGACGUGGAGGCGCCCACCUCGUGGAUGCCCCCGCUGCUCACGGCGACGCUCCGGUCCAACCCGACCAUCGCGAGAAUGCUCCUCGACGAGGGCGCGGAUCCGCGCGUCGGCGUGGGCGGGAUGACCCCGCUGGGACUCGCCGUGAUGACGCGACAGUCCGACCUCGUCAAGGCGCUGCUCGAGUGGCGCGCGGGUCCCGAGCAGGAGGGAAACCUGGCGCGGAUGAUGCUCGACGACGACGACGAGGAGGAGCAGACUCGCGGAAGAAAGAAGAAGAAGAACGAGACUGGUGCCGCGACAAAAGCCGGAACGCGCGCGCCCGACAAGGUGAACCCCGACGAGACCAUCGACGCGGCGGUGCUCGACGACGGCGAUCCCGACGGCCCGGGCGCGUGCCAGUGCCCCGUGUGCCAGCGGCGGUCGGGCUCGGGCCUUGAUCCCCUCUCGUCUCCCACGUGCCUGCCCUCGGGCGACAAGGCUCCGUGGCCGCCGUACAGCGGAGAGCGACACCUAACGCCGCUCGCCGCCGCCGCCAAGCUCGACGAUGCGGAGACGGUGACGGCGCUGAUCAAGGCUGGCGCGGAUACCGAGCGAAUGAGCGGCGGCAUGCCCCCGCUCGCUCACGCCGCGGGAAAAGGAUCGUGCUCCGCGAUCGAGGCGCUCCUCGACGGCGGCGCGAUACUCGAGUCCGCCGCGUCCCUACCCCUCGUCCGCGGCGACCAGCGCAUGCUCACCCCGCUCGGCGUCGCCGCGGAGGCUGGCGAGCUCGCGGCGGUCAAGCUCCUGCUCGCCAGGGGCGCCGACCCGAACGGUCCCCCGGGUGCUGGCAUCGAGCCCCCGCUGUGCUGCGCCGUCACCGAUCCGCCCGACGACGACGAGGGUAACCCCGUCGUGGGCGUGGUCCGCGCCCUGAUCGCCGCGGGCGCGGACCCGAACGCGAGCAAGGAGGACGCGCAGUCGCCCUACUCCCCUCUCAUGGUGGCCGCCGGCGCCGGUUCCGUCGCGGUUGUUCGCGAACUGUUGGCCGGCGGAGCUGAUUUGGAGCACGUGGUGCGAGUCACCGUCGGCGACAGCGGCGGACCGAGGGGCGGUCCCGACCGCAAGUGUCAGAUCACCGCGCUCCUCCACGCGGCGUACUGCAACGAGCUGGACGCCGUGCGGUUUCUGUUGCUGCAGGGCGCCAAGCUGGGAUCGGCGGAUCGGGAGGCGAUGUCGCUCGUGUGCGACCACCUUCGAAGCAAGGCGCAACACGGCGUGCCCGACGCGGGCGCCACCCUCUCGCUGCUCCGCCACCAGGCGGACGACGAGGCGUUCGAGGAGGAGGAGAAGGCGGAGCAGCGUCUUCGCGAGGAGCGCGCCAGGGCUGCCGAGCUCAAGGAGGAGAGAAAACGCCUGCGACAGGAAGCCGCCAAGGAGGCUGAGGUUGAAGCCGUGAAGAAGGCGGAGGAGGCGGAGCGACUCAAGGAGGAGGAAGAGAAGGCCGAGGCUGAGCGACUCGCGGCGCGCGCGGCGAAGCAGGAGGCGUACAAGAAAGAACAGGAGGCGCGCAAGGCUGCGAAGAAGGAGAAAGAGGCCAAGGCCAAGGCUGCCAAAGCCGCGGCGAAGGCAGCCGCCGAGGCUCAGGCUAAGGCUGAGGAGGAAGAAAACCGAAGGGUCAUGGAGGAGGUCCAGGCGAUGGUCUCGGACCUCGAGAUCAAGCGCAAGGCCGAAGACGCCGAGCGCGAGGCUCGCGAGCGCGCCGAGCGCGAGGCCGCCAUCAAGGAGGAAGAGGAGCGCGAGAGAAAGGAGAAGGAGGCGGAGGCGGCUGAGCUCGAGCGAAAAGCUAAGCAAAUCGCGAAAGACGCCGCCCUGGUUCGCGGCAAGACGGGCAAGGACCCCAAGGGAUCCAAGGUGGACCUGUCCACCGCGGCCGGCGCCAAGGCGCACCUGCUCGCGCGCGAUGAGGCGGAGGGGUUCGUGGGGCCGCCCACCAAGGUGACGAAGGAGGACGCCGCGGAGGCUGCCACUUGGGCGCAACCCGGCGGUUUCUUUGUGUUUCUCUGCAACGACUCGACGGAGGAGGAGUGCUACGAGCGCGCGAUGUUCGGCGCGCCCGCCAAGUUCUGGGACCAAACCGUCGACAGCGUUAAGCCCGGCACCACCCUCAUCCUCUACAACUUCGCCGCCAGGACCCUCACGGGGCCGUACGAGGCUCUCGACGCACCCAAGUGGAACGACGUCCCGGACGCUUGGCAAGGGGGCCGCGGCGCGCCACCCGGGCGAAGGCUCAUCAGCGCCUUCCCCGUGCAGGUGGCCAUCGGCGCGAGCCCGCUGAUGGAGGCGGUGACGGCGACGCUCGGCGGAGAUUUCCGGCCGUCCAUGGGGGGCUUGCCCCUGGGAUCGCCCGAUCAGUCGAGGCGCGAUAUCAUCGUGACCAAGCUUCGGCUCGCGGCGAAGGAGCAAGGCGUCGACUGCCCGACGGCGGCGGAGCGACGUCGUCGUCCGAACAGGCCCGCGGCUUCCUCCGGACUCGCGCCUCGACUCGUCUCGGCGGCGGGCGGCGCGGCGGAUAAGGCGGAUAACGCGGCCGGCGAGCAGCCCGAGCGCCGGUGGCCCGGAGAUGCCUCGUCUGAUGAUUUGACGUCGAUGGCCGGUUUGUCGUCCGACGACGGCGUCGCGAGGGCCAAGUCGAGCGUCGCGCCAAACUCACCGGGCGCGUCACCGGGCAAGGUCAUACCCGCGCCAAUCUCCCCGGGCGGCAGCGCCUCCCCCACCGCCAAGGCGCCCGGGACGUCCAAAAAGGCGGAGAAGAAGAAGAAGGAGCGCGAGCGCCAGUCGACGAUGAAGACGGUGCCCGCGCCCAUCGGACUGGUUCAGAACGGCGGCGGCUCGCCCGCCCCCGCCGAAUCGAGGGUCGUCGCGCCGUCCAAGGCUUCCAUCGCCCCGGCCGCGGCGGCACCCAUCGGCGCGGCGACCGUGGUUCCGAUCGGCGCCGGACUUGGCGUCGGAUCGGGCGCCAUCGGAGGCGUCUCUGACCCCUUCGCGAGCGCCGCCGCGGGGACUGGAAAAUCCCCCGCGACGGUCGGCGUCGUCGGCGGCGGCGGCUUGGGCGGCGACUACGGCGGAGCGUUCGGCGGCGGAUGGGGCGGUCUGGGCGGGGUCUCGACGAACCCCACCGGGGUCUCGGCGUCGUCCGCGGCGCACGCCACUCAGGGCGCGAACGACAGCUGGAACCCGCUGUUCGGCGGCGGCGGCGGGCUCGGCGGCGGGCUCGGCGGCGGCUUGGGGUCGGGCAGCGGCUUGGGUUCGGGCGGCGCGCUCGGCGGCGGCGCGCUCGGCGGCGGCGUCGGCGGCGUGUCCUCCGCGGGCGCCGGCGGUCUCUUCGGGGGAUCCGGUCUCUUCGGGGCACCCGCGCCCAACCCUUUCGCGCAGCGGUCGCCGUCCCCGGCGGCUGCGGCGCCCGCACCCCCGGGGUUUGCGCCAAAUCCUUACGCGAGAACCGCGUCGGUUGAUCGCGGGCUCGGCGGCGGCGACGACGCUCCGCAGUUCUCGCAGGCUGAGCAGAGCAAGCUGUUCCCGUGGCUGUCGUGAGGACGGCGCGAGGUGGCGGGGCGGGUGCGCUAGGAACGCGGCGAUGGAGGGACGCCGCCGCGAGGGACGAUGACGAUACAAAAGACUGCGUUUGCC